GGUGUUACUUAAUUUUCUCCUUGGAAAACAACUAAGAUUAGAUAAAAGAUAAGAUUGAAUAGAUGAUAAGAUUAGGCAGAUUGUGAUGCCAUCAGCUAUAUUUCAUAUAUUAAUGAUCCUUUGCUCUCUUAUUUUCUCCUCCAGGAUCUAUCCGCGAGUGCAGAACGAGGCAUAUACGUAGAAGGGACAGAUUCGCGAUUCCCGGCGAAGUGAGGAAAACGAUCCAGGGAGGAGUCACCCUUCACCGCUGGAUGCGAGUGUCACUCUCUCUUAUCUGCCAGACAACGCUAUCCACGACCUUGCAAACUCAUGUAAGGAGCAACCGAAUAAAUUUCUCCUCUGGUACAGUUUAUUUGAAAUCCUGCUGGUAGACCUGGAAAGUUUUGUUUGCUCUGCGCGCGGGAGGGACGAGGUUGAGCCGGAAGAAGAAGAAUGGACGAUCAAAAGUACCCAACACCGCUACCCUCGCUACCCCCAUAUUCUCCCCCGGGGGUGGGAAUGCAACCGUCGGUCGCAACAGCACCACUGCAACCGAAUAUGCCAGUACCAGCUGGCUGGCUGCCGCCGAGUACGACAUAUCUACCCGGUUUGCAAUACCUUAUGGAGCUUGAUUACCUUUUCGUGAACCAGAAAAUUGAGUUGCUUCAAGUUUUUACUGGGUGGGAAACUAAGAAUAGGUACGCUGUUACGGAUAUCCGUGGUGAAACAGUGUUUUACGUGGCCGAAGAAUCGAGCAUCUGUUGGCGAUUAUGCUUGGGCAAGUAUCGUUCUUGCGAAUUCAGUGUCUACGAUCGAGAUCGGCGAGAGAUCCUGCGUAUGAUUCGUCCUUUCAGAUGCGACAGUUGCUGCUGUCCCUGCUAUCUGCAGAUUUUAGAGGUUUAUUCUGGAAAUACUCUACUAGGCAGCGUUACUCAAGAAUGGAGUCUCUGGCGACCAAUAUUCUAUAUUCGCGAUGCAUCCGGCCAGCCAGUGUUAAUGAUAAAGGGACCAAUCAUUCGUUUCUGUAUUGAAGUAAAUUUUAAGGUCAAAUCCAUAGAUGAUAAGCAUCGUGUCGGCAUGAUCCAGAAGCAAUGGAGUGGUUUUGGUCGAGAAUUUUUUACCGUUUCCGAUAAUUUUGGCAUUAAUUUCCCGCGCGAUCUCGAUGUAAAGAUAAAAGCCCUACUGUUGGGAGCGUCUCUUCUUGUAGAUUUCAUGUACUUCGAACAAGAGAAUUGAUCCAUUCAUUUUAAUAUUUAAUUCAAGAAAAUUGAAACGCAAAUGGCCUGUACAAGCUUAUAAAAGAGCUUAUUUUACGCGCAAUGUAAAUGAAAAUGAGACUCAAAGACACGCACUCAGGAUAAAAUCUUACUAAUUGUGAGAUUAUCCACAUAAACGUAUCGCUAUUCUAUUCUUUAAAUACUUUACAAAUAGUCUUUGCUUUUUGAUAGUCCAUGAUUUUUAUAUAUAACGAGAAUAUGUAAAUACAUUAAGCGAAUACAUUAUACACUUGUAAAAAUAUGAUGAAACUUACAUUUGUUACUGAAAGCACAGAAAUUUUGAGAAGCUCUCUAUUUUUUAUAAACAUUGUGAUAAUCAUUUAUAUCUGCUUAAAUGAUAUUCAUUGCUUCACAAUAUAUCUUUCUUUGCUCUAAAUUGUCUUCCGAAUAUUAAAUGAUAGAUAGUAUAAAUUACUAUUUUUUCAUACUUAUCUCUCGCACACACAAUCAAAUGUUUACUCAAAUAUAAUAAAAUUGGAUUCAUUUGUUGAAUGCAAUUUUAGUUUGUGUAAAUAGUUUGUUGCUAUCUAAACUGUAAUAUUUAUUAAUACAAAUAUAAUUAUUUUUAUUAAAAUUUUAUAUAAUGCAGAGUUAAUAUAUAGAGCAGCGCAGAGAGCAAAUGUUCAAUAUUAUAAGUUAAU